UAUCAGCUUAUACAAAGUUGAUUGAGUUAGCGGACUGCCACUCGUGUAGCGCUAAUGUUGACUUGCUGACACCGCGGAGGGAAAGUUGGUAUUGUUGCAGCACGGGUCGGCCGCCGCCACUGCUUGUCCGCGCGCUCAAGCCCCUCAAGGUGACCCACUGCGACGAUCUACCAGUUUUGCUAAAUGCGCUCCAACGAAUCGCAUUCUAUAUGCAAACAGCUCAUCGGGAGCCACAUUAUAAUUGUUAAACAAUGAUGUCAGUAUACGCGAUGUGUUUGUUGGCGAUGUUAACGCCAUCUCUGUGCCGACCGUACGACCCGGAGGACGCGGGGCUCAAGACGGUACUGCCAUCUAGCGGGCAGUUCGAAGCGUUUUAUCCGCGCGAGGCGCACGGCGUGCCAAACGGCUCGUCGAGGCCUGCGCACGGGCACGGCAGUUUCUAUAAGCACCGCAACCCGGCGCUGGUGGACGUCAAGAACGCCGCCGCCUACGGCUUCAGGUUCGACGGCAUGAGAAGAUUCAAUUUUGAUGACGAGUAGCUUCUGAUAGCGAGACAUUAAAUAAAUACAUGUUUGAAA